AAGUGGAAAAAAGGUGGUGGAGGAGCUAGCUAUUAAUGAUCAUGAUAAAACCACCACACGAGAGAAAAAGAAAAUUACAUUUUGAAGAAAGAGAAAAAAGAGCUCAAUAUCAAUGGAGAAGAAUAGCUACAGAGAGUGUAAAGUUUGUGUUACGGGAGGUUCCGGAUACAUAGGUUCUUGGCUUGUUAAGAAGCUAUUGGAAAAAGGCCACACUGUCCAUGCAACACUAAGAAACUUAGAGGACACAACAAAGGUAGGCCUUUUAAAGUCCCUCCCAAACGCAGACACCAGAUUGGUGUUAUUCCAAGCUGAUUUAUACAAAUCCGAUGAGUUUGAAAAUGCAAUUAAAGGGUGCCAAUUUGUUUUCCAUGUGGCUACCCCUAUGCUACACACUAUCCACAGCUCUCAGUACAAGGGUAGUGUUGAAGCUGCUGUUUCAGGGGUGAGAAGCAUAGCUGAUUAUUGCAUCAAAUCGCAGACGGUGAAGCGACUCAUCUACACCGCAUCUGUGACAGCGUCAUCACCAUUCAAAGAAGAUGGGAGUGGCUAUGGAUCUUCAAUGAACGAGUCUUGUUGGACUCCUCUUAACCUUUCAUAUACUAGCGUAAAUGAGUUUAUGGGUUAUACAAAAUCAAAGGUAUUAGCAGAGAAAGAGGUAUUGAGGUAUAAUGAGAUUGAAAAUGGUAGAUUAGAAGUUGUAUCCCUGACUUGUGGUUUAGUAGCAGGAGAUACACUUCUUUCGUACCUGCCAUUAAGCUUAGACGUGACCAUAUCACAGCUUACCGGCAAUCACUCUAUUUACCAAGGACUAUGUUGUAUGCAAGAACUUUCAGGUUCAGUUCCUCUGAUACACAUUGAUGAUGUUUGUGAAGCACAUAUAUUCUGCAUGGAGAGACCAUCACUUAAAGGCAGAUUCAUAUGCGCCGCAACCGAUCCGACCAUCCGAGAAAUGGCAAAUUACUACCAAGAAACCUAUCCCGAAUUCAAGAUAUCACAAGAGUUCAUGGGUGGAGCAGAAAGAGGAAGCAGCAGAUGUGAUCCUACAAAGCUUAUGAAAGAGGGGUUUGAAUACAAAUAUGAUAUGAAGAAGAUAUUAGAUGACAGUGUGGAAUGUGGAAGGCGACUUGGUGUUUUAGAGACCUCAGCCUCCACUGAAAAUCACUGAAAAUCAAUUGGUCACCUCAGCUGAAGCUUUAGUGGCAUUUAACAAAUUUUAAGCUUUGUUAAUUUGUUUAACCUAUAUAGUAUCGGCCCCAACCUGGGUGCAGAGGAUGUGUAAUAAAAGAAACAAUUUUAACCUAAUACUUGAACCGUCACCAUCAAUUUUAAGCUUUUUUUUUUUCUCUCUUUGGUAAUUGGCAAGAAACUCAAUGCACCCAUUUUGCUUUUUGAAAAGUAGAGAAAAUACACCAUUGGUGUAUUAAAUUUGCUUUAUAAAUAAUAAUAUUCAAAAUAAAUUUAUAAAAAAGGUUUUAGUGCAAGUCCCUUAACUUGGGCAUGGUGUUAAAAAAUAGGGUCUGAUAGUUGAUCAAGUCAAAUGUGAUUGAAGAUUCAUAAGGAACCCAAAUAGAAUUUUCAGGGUUGAGACUACAAUGGGACAAUGGUGUGAAAAAAAAAAAAAAAAAAUAGAUUAAUAGAUUCAUUAGGAAGGAACCAAACAUUUUGUUAGUCAAUUGAAUGAUAUCGAUCCAACCCACAAGUGAAACGCAUUGAGAACUUAAAUGCAAGAUGUAUCUAUACAUGGUGCAAAUUUAUUGAGAUCGGUCGAGCAAAAAGAAAUAUAUUAGUGUAUUACUGAACUAGUGUUGAUACUUUAUGGUUUGUUGAUUCAUCUCACUCGAGGAAGUGAUUGAAGGUAGUUACAUACCUGUGUGCAGAAGGAUGUAUUUUUGGGGACCAUGAGUUUAGUCAGGUUUUGGACUUCUUGGUUGGGUUCUUUGGGCCACUAUAGUGGACAUUUUGUUCUUUGUUUGCUUGCCCAGUAAUGUUUGGGCCGACGAAAAUGCCCUCCCUUUUUUGUAAUUACUCUUUUUAUUUAUGUGAAUUACUUAAUUACCGAAAAAAAAAAAAAAUAGUCUAUAGUACAAUUACAACCCAUGCUACUGGUAGUACUCUUUUAUCUUUGAUAAUUUUAAUAACAUGACGGCCCAAAACCUAAUAAACACUUAAAAUGGUCUGCAGCUCCGGUGGUGGUUUGUGUUUGGUCUGAUAAGAUGAAGCGUUGGGUAUUUCUAUUUCCUAGCCAUGUGCAGAAAAGCCAAGCAAGGACCAUCUAGUUAACUCAGCUUCCAACCAAACCAAAUACGAAGACUUGAAGUAUCACUUAUAAAACAAAAGAAAUCCGUAGCGCAGUUGAUUGGUAGAAUGCUCCCGAAUUUACAACUUUAAUGCUGUUGCAUGGACUGUGGGGUAAGCACGUGCAGUAAUUGACCUUUGUGAGUUUAGUCAAAGUAAAAUGAUUUUAAAGAUAAUGAGUUGGGCAGAAUUACUUAACCAAAUAGUUUAAUUGAUAAAUGCAUGUCAAAUAUAAGGAAAAAAAAAAAAAAAAUGAAACCCUCCACUUUUUUAUCUCUUGUAUUUGUGAAAAAUUAAGUAUAUUAGGUUAUCUAACUCUUCCACCCAAAUAUAACUGUUCCAUGUCAAAAACAUCUGUAAACCAUAGAACUAUUGGGCUUGGGUAUUCCUAGAAUAUUGUGCAGAAAAGCCAAGCAGGGACCACCUAGUGAAGGUAACUUCAACAAAACCAUAGAGGAAGACUUGAAGUAUAUAUUAGUUACAAAACAAAAAAAGAAGAAUUUUCCAAGGAUGUCAAAACAAAACGAGGAUAAUGAAAUCGAAACCGUACAUGCCUUGUAAAAAGGUAAGAGGAAAAUAAGUGGUGGUGGUACGUGGAGGAGCUAGCUAUUCUGGAUUGAGUGAUAAAACCACCACAGAAGAGAAGAUAAGGAUUUAAAAGAGACCCAUCAUUUGAAACCAAACACUCCAACAGAACACAUUUUGAAAAAAAAAACCCUCAUUAAUGGAGAUCCAUUAUAAUGUUUGUGUUACAGGAGGUUCCGGA